AUGUCGACGUCUCAUCCUGCUCCGGUAGCGACGCCGAGACCACCAACUUUGCCUUGGCCUGACAUUUCUGCACAAGCGAAAUGGUCUGUGUCUUCCUACAAGUUUGGUUUCGGAGCAGAAUGUCUGCAAGAUGGGGAUCCCGAGACCUUUUGGCAUUCUGACGGUCCACAACCGCACUUCAUAACAAUUGAAUUUCCUCGAAAAAAACUCAGUAUUUUCCUUUGUCAUCCUCUUGACGACUCCUAUACACCCUCAACGCUGGCUAUUCGCGCUGGAACAGGUCCAAAUGAUCUCCAAGACGUUCGCAUCAUCACACUCGAGAAACCGGAUGGCUGGCUUACCUUCGAUAUAUCGUCUGAACCCAACGAGGGUGGAGAAGGCUUAAAACCUGUCUACGCUUAUCUUCUUCAAAUCAUCAUUCUUGCUAACCAUAUGAGUGGGAAGGACACUCAUGUGCGUGGUUUGCGCGUUCUGGGCCCUGUAGAUGAAGAGGACCCAUUUCCUUGGACAUCUACCGAGUUUAGGAUGCACGAAACCAUUCGAUGA